AUGCUAAUUAAUCAACUUGUCCGAGAUGAGAAGAUUGGGCUCCUGGCGCUUCAGGAAACGCACCUUACGAGUGAAUGCGUAGACCAGCUGAACGAGUUGUUUGGCAGGCACCUCCGCAUAUACCACUCGGAACUGACGCACCAUGCAACUGGGGCAGGAGGCGUGGCGCUUGCUGUCAAUAAACGCCUUAUUGACCCAGAAAAGUGUGUGGUAACGGAUAUACAGAAAGGGCGGGCGAUGGCCAUUAGUUUUCCGUGGUCCACGGGCCGCGAACUCUCUGUGGUCAAUGUCUAUGGACCGAACUCGUCAGCGGAAAACGCGGUCUUCUGGAGGGACGUGAAGACGCACUGCCCGGCGAGUGUUGACAUCCUGUUGGGGGAUUUCAACGUAGUAGAGGAUGGCAUAGAUAGGAUUCCGGUCCGCGCAGAAACUGGAAAUGCACUGCAAGCGCUCCAAGAGCUCUUAGCGGAACUUCGACUAGAGGACGGGUGGCGGAUGCAGAAUCCGCACACCAAGGCGUUCACUUACAUGCAAAAAUCGACGGGAAGCCAGUCGAGGCUAGAUCGUAUCUACGUUGCGAGCGCACUGCACCAAGAUGCCGAUGAGUGGCGUAUUAAAGAGUCAGGGCUGCCAACGGACCAUAAACUCACGCUUGUGUCGCUGGCGAAUCGAAGUGCCCUGUUCAUGGGGAAAGGGCGCUGGUCUAUGCCGGCGCAUCUCUUGACGGAUACGACAAUGAUCGCCAAGAUGCGGGAGCUUGGGCGGAAGCUGGUGGAGGAGAUUGCGGGGUGUGGGGAGCGCACGGCUGAAAAGAACCCGCAGAUCUUCUACCAGGAUUUCAAGUUGGCGCUGACCAAGGCGGCGCGAGAUAGGGCUAAGGCGAAGGUACCGAAGCUGCAGAAAAGGCUUGAGAACUUAAGAAAUGACCUUGAAAGGACGCUGAAUGAGCCU